GGCACGUGCGGGAAAGCCUCACCCUGGCGCUGCCCAUUGAGCGAGGGCUGCGCAGGGCGAAGCUGGAACUUCUUAGUGGCCGUUGAGCGGCGGUUGCGGGGAAGGCACCGAGCCCGGUCUCCUUCUUCGCAGGGGCGGGACGCCGCGCGUCAGGGCGGACGCGCCAUGGACAAACACGCGAAGGCGUCGAAAGUACUUUCGGGGGGGAAGGGGGAGCGGCGUUUAAGCAUGUUCGAGAAAGACAACUAUGCACAGAUCGUAAAAGAGAGAAUGAGAAGUUCAAGCCAUGAAGUUCACGGUACGGAACCAAUGGAUAAUGAAUCGUUUGCAGAGUUUGGGAAAAGUGAAAUAUUUACAUUGAAGACUAGCAUGGCAAAAAUAAGAUAUGCCAAUACAUAUAAAAUGGAGCCAUAUAGGAAAUUCCAGGCUCAUUUAGUAAGAAACAAAGCUCAACAUAUACUAACGCGACUUCAAGAAACCAAGUAUAAUGGUGUGACUAGUAUCGUCUUGUGUAAUUCAAUCUCAGAAGAAAUAUUAACAGCGGUCAAGGACAUGGGCUUUGAUCGCUAUAAGUACGUAGUAACAGUCCUAAUCUUGCAAAAGACUGGUCAGGCAAUAAAAAUCUCCAGCAGAUGGGUCUGGGAUGUUGCAAGGGACAACUGGGUUUCAGCUAAAUGUGAAACAGAAUCCUUCAUUUCAUUGGCUUUGAUAAUGGCUUGUUACUAUGAGUAGUUUUGUAAAAGCAGCCUCUGUUAAUGGCCAUCACAAUACUCUGUAUAAUUGUUCAAAAAUCUUCAUAAAGUUAUAGUUAUUUUAGAACACUUUCUUUUUUAAAUUAAAAACAGCUGAUACAUUGAAAUGCACAUAAAUUUAAACAAAUUUUACCAAUUAUUUUCUCUAUAUAUUUUUAAAUAUAUAUGGGUGAGUGUGUACUGUAUACAUCUGUCAUAAUGCUGUGUUUAUGAAUUUAUGACAGGUGCUAAGAACACAAUUUGCAAGGUGCUGAAUGUGGCCUUGCACAUUCUAAAGGAUGGGGUUCCAACAAAUUACAAGUGACAAUUCCUUUCAUAAAAGGGAAAUAUUCUGCACCUUGAGGUGACUCUGAAACAGAAAAGUAACAUUGUAUUUACUCUCUGUUGUUGUCAUAUUCAUCAAAUUCCACAGCAAUAAUCUCUUCUGAGAUCUAGUAAUAAGGGAAGCCACUGUAAUGUGGCUUAUUUUUAAAAGCUUUUCUUAGAUUAAAUACAUUUUCCCCACUGUAACCAGCUGUUUUUUCUUAUGCCUGUUAAACUCUCAUUUUUGUAUUUUGAAGUUUGGAACAUUUCAUUUAAGGUCUCAGUCCUGCUCCUGUUGAAGUCAGUGGGAGUAUUGUCACUGACUUCACUGAUACCAGGAUGGACCCCAAAUUACAAACCAUCAACUGUUUUAUAAUCCUUAGUCUAGAGGCUGAUAUAUUGUAUUUACUGGAUUCAGUGACUUUUUUUCAUUUUAUCAGAUUGGUUCCUAAUGACAACAAAGCCAGAAGAGCUGUAAAAUCCAUUCAGUGACAACCUGAAAUCUUAGGAGAUGGAUAUGUAAUUGACAGUUAAUGACAACAAUACAUAUAUAUAUAUAUAUGGCUAAGACAAAAUUUGCCAAGUAUUUAUAAAGAAUGUUAGAACUGCUGCUAUAUUAACCUAACAAUGACUCAAAU